AUGGAAAGGUCACUCUAUGAUGUUGUCCUUGGGAACAUCGACGGGGUGUUCUACCCUACUGGUUUCAAUCCGUCACAUGACCUGUUUGACGUGUCAAAACGGCACAAAGACUCGGCGACAGCAGAGGAGCCUGUUCGACACCAAGGCGUGUGCCCGGAUAGAGCUACUGUGAGUGCUGCGGCAAACCCUGCAACUGUGUCGACUGAGGCGACCAAGCAGGAGACGGAACCGUCUACUGAAGCAAAGGAUGAAGGUGCUACUGAAAGAGCUGGAGAAGGCCAGGAGGGCAGGAGACGAGUGUCCAUUCGGGCCAAUGGGCGUGUGAGUGAAGACAGUCUCGGUCGCCGUCGCAAGCGGCGCAAGCCCAGAAAGGAGGCGGAUAGCCACAGCCAAAGUGAGCCUGAGGGCAUUGACCGGAAAGGCGGAACUCCAUGUCGGGGUGGGCUCCGUUCUUACCAGCGACGCGUCCCUCGGGACCGUUCAGACACAAGGUCACGUAUUGAUGUUGAAAGCAUCCCCGAGUCACAUCGGUACGUCUGGGCUGAUGACACGUGCAAGUGUUCAUUGUACAUUGGGAACAUGUCAAGCCAGGUGACCAAGGAUCAAGUUCGUGCCCUGUCAGAUGCCAUCCGCAGCGUCCACUUUGUAAACAGGCACAGCGCAUUCCUGGAUUUUGAGAGCCCAGAAGUGGCUACUGCACAGCUGGAGCUCCUGCGCAGCAGGCAGCUCAAGGGCAAGACAGUGCAGGUGGAGCCUAGCAGCCCCUGGAGCAGUUCCACAUACAAGUCAGACCACCUGCUGUAUGUGCGAGGACUUCCUGAUGACAAAGGCAUGGAUACCCUUGGGCCGCUAUUUCCUGAUGCCUUGUUCAUUGAUCGCCGUGAAGGCAAAGUGCUGCUGAGAUUCAAGGACCAUGAAAGUGCCAUAAGUGCCAUCAAACAAGUUAUUGCUCAUUAUGGGACAGACUUCAAGUUCAGCUUUGCUGCUGUUCGUCCUAGAUGGAACCGCCGGUGUCCGCCCCGAACAGUGUGGCGCGAAGGGUAG